CUCUGGUUACUAUAUGAGGAGACAACUUUGCCUUCCCCUCAUCAAGAUACUUUCAACCUUGGUAGCUGUCUUGUGCAUCUCUCCAAGCGUUUUCUUUCGGUCCGACUGAUUGCUGCGGCUUUUUGAAGAGGAGCUGCUUGGAUCUGAGCGCGCUCCUCCGCUGGAAUAAUUUUUAAAAAUUAAUUCCUGAAAAGCCAGACUUCAACAUGCCUCGGUCAUUCCUUGUCAAGAAGUAUUUCUCCAACAAGAAGCCAUACUACAGGGAGAGCCAACUUGAGAGUCAAACCGCUUUUGUCCCAGAAAGCUUUCCCCGAGCUGAACUUCCGACACAGAACAACAGCUCUGCGUUGACCUGUUACCCCACCAGCCCACUCUUCUGCAGCACGGACCCCCUGCCUGCACCUCUCUCCCCAAUCACCCCCAUGUCUCUACCUCCUUCUCCACUGGGCCCUCUGGAUCUCAGUAGCUCUCCCUUCAGCAGCAGUGGCGAAGAAGAGGAGGAUGGUGGGCGUACUUCAGAUCCCCCCAGCCCAGACGUCAUCCAGCACAUCUACCACUGUCUGCACUGCAGUAAGAGCUACACCAGUCUCUCAGCGCUGUCUCACCAUCAGAUGUCCCACCACCAGUUCUCCCAAGGUGCUCCACUGCAGCAGACACCGUCUCUGCCCACAGAGGCCUCGGCACGCCCGGCCUUCCACUGCAAACACUGCCCCAAGGAGUACACCAGCCUGGGUGCCCUUAAGAUGCACAUCCGCUCACACACCCUCCCCUGUGUGUGCCCCACCUGCGGCAAGGCCUUCUCCAGACCAUGGCUGCUUCGAGGACACAUACGCACACACACAGGUGAACGUCCCUUCGCUUGUCAGCACUGUAACCGGGCCUUUGCUGAUCGCUCCAACCUGCGCGCACACCUGCAGACGCACUCUGAAGUGAAGAAGUACCAGUGUGGUUCCUGCUCACGGACCUUCAGCCGCAUGUCCCUGCUGCACAAACACAAUGCCUCUGGAUGCUGCCCUGCCUCAUAGACUCACAUUCCCUGGACUGAAGCUGCUUGCUGGUUCUGUUCCCCCCACCUGAUUAGUGCCAAAACACCCAGAGGACAUUUGGGGAGAUGGUUGCCAGCUCAAAGCCAUGACAGGACUGAAAGAGGAAACUGGAGUUCUGUUGCUUUUUAUAAAAUGGCUUCUUAAGUGCCUUUUUAAUUUUUCAGGGCUCAAAUUUUUAAGGUUAUAUUGGUAACCGCAGCACAUUUUUGCAGCGUCCUGUCAACUGUGUGUACGUGUGUGAUUUGAGGGCAGCUGGACAUGCAGUUAAUUCCCAGGAAACUCCAUUGGUGCCGGCCGGUCCGGGACUCUGGCCAUGUUGCAGCUGCUUGGGUGUGUUUGUGUGUCUGUGUGUAUGCGGGGAUGUCAUUCCUCACCAUACUAUACAUACGUGGCAUAUGUGUGUGUGUGUGUGUGUGUGUUGAGACAGCUGUCUGUGUAUUGUGUACUGUGGAGGCAGGGUGCUGAGAGAUGUGUUAGCUGUGACCUCGACGACAGGUGACCCUCCGCUCUCCUCCUCGCGGCGAACUCCACAAACACACAGUGUGUCGCUGGACAUGAAAGAACCACUUAAGCUUGACCAAAAAAACACAGCCUGUCCUUACCAAUAUUGUCUGAAUCAUUGGUGUCUUCAUUGACAUGUUUUUACAAGUUUUGACGUACAGUUUUUAUGAACCAUUUUGUUGAAUGUGCCUUUUUUAAGGUUGUGCAUUUUUUUCUGCCACAUGUAAAUAAAAGCUUUGUUUAAAAAAA